CUAGUAGUGCCAUAGUGCCAUCCAGUCCGGGUGAGACCCUGCCUGAUCGAGCGAGCCGAGGUAGUGUCGUCCUCUGUUAGCCGUAGACCGAACUAGGCGACUGGAUCGAGUGGAUAGAGUGCAUGGAGUUGGGCUGGGUUGGACUGCUGGAUCGGGAUUGACACAUUCUUCUUCUCCCCCUCUCUCUCUCUCUCGGCCUCGCCACGACCUGCGUGCAAUCCUACCCGUCUUCACUGACCAGACGCUCCGCUCGCCCCGCCCCCUUCUCGCGGAUCCUGGGACGGGCUCCACCCGCCGGUCUGAUCCCACUCCCAUCGAGUCUAAACCCGCCCUCACGCGGGUUUCACUCGAGUCCGGACCUGGGGGGGUCGGUCUGUGUGGCCUUCGAAUCGGAAUUGGGCUCUGGGGCCCGCUCAUUAAUCCACGGCCGCUCAAGGGUUCAUUGAAUUAUUGACCUCCUCUAUCUCUCGGCGACCCCUGUCCAGGCCGGGCUCAUGGCCUCGCUUGAGCGUUCCACAGCCUCUGGCCCAACUGGCGACCGCGUUAAACCGGACACGGCCGCCGUCACCGCGCCCCUGUCGCCGGUUUGUCGCUUCUUCUUGGCCGGCUCCUGUGUUUACGGCGAUGAGUGUCGCUACCGCCACGAAUCUUGGCUCUCGCGAACCCGCCCCGAUGAAGCGACCGUCGCGGAGCCCCAUUCCGAUCCAUAUGGCGUGCCCUUGACCUUUGAUACCUUUGCGGUGGAUGACGUGGACGCCAGUCAGACACCCGCCUUACCCGCUCCCAUUCACUCUGUCUCCACCUCAUCGGGUUUCACUUUCACACCCGACCCGGACGCGCCCGAGUUUGUCCCCCGGGGCUUUAAUGCCUCGUGUUUGCCGGGGGGGCUGACCGCUAAAUCCCACCGGCUUGUUCCUCUCCAUCCGGACCCCGUGGUAGAGGAGGGCCACCCGCCGGUCGAAGUGGGGGCCCGCAGUUGGGCCCAGGUGGUUAAUCCUGAGGCAAUGGCCCAACUACCCAUGGCUGACGCCGAAUCCCAACUCUGUCCUUUCAAUAUGAUCGGCGAAUGCCAUUACGGUGAAUCGUGCGCAUAUAUUCACGGCGACACGUGUGACUAUUGCGGCCAAGAUGUGCUGCAUCCCUGGCAUGAGGGUCAACGCCGUAAACAUCAUGCCAUAUGUAUGCAAUCGCACGAAGAGGCCAUGGAAGUGUCUUUUGCUGUAGCCCGUUCCAAAGACAAAACAUGCGGCAUCUGCAUGGAGACGGUUUUGGACAAGAAUAAGGGCGAGGCCCGUUUUGGCAUUCUACCUAAUUGCACUCACUGUUUCUGUCUGUCUUGUCUGCGCACAUGGCGUCAAGCCAAACAAUUCGAGAACAAAAUCAUAAGAGCUUGUCCCGAAUGUCGGCAAACGUCUGACUUCAUAUGUCCCUCUCGAUUUUGGGUGGAUACCCCCGAGGACAAGGACAAGCUUCUGACCGAUUACCGCUUGAACCUGAACAAAAAGGAAUGCAAAUAUUUUCGUCGCGGCCGAGGCGAGUGUCCUUUCGGUAAUAAAUGUUUCUAUCGUCACGUGGACGCCUCUGGAUUGGCCGUAGACGUGGGGCCUCCUCAGACCCGAACUCGUCGCGCCAAUGAGAAUGGCGACAUCACCGAGGCCCAGCGGGUCUUAAUGAUGGACUUUCUGAAUUUGCGUGAUGAGCGAGGGACCCGUUUCCUGGAUAUUUCCACGGAAUUUGGGCAGAUGCUCCGACUGGCUUUAGAAGUGGACCUAGAGGACGACGACGAUGACUAUUAUGUGCCCUAAUGGCCGAGUCAGCCGUGGGAAUGAUUACUCAAGGACAACCCAAGGGACUCUGAGAGCCUAGCACUUGAACCCCAUUUUCCAUUUUCCACUCAUAUUUAGACCAUCGCCUCGCUUCGGACUCCCAUGUUUUCUCUUUACUUUCCUUUACCUCUUCUACUGACACCGAUUCUGUGUAGCUGUGAUGUAAAAUUGAAAGAGGGCCGAUUUGCGCCAGAGCCUAGCUUAUCUUUUUGCGGGUGAAUUUUCGACCCGAUAUGAACUGAAAUGAACAUGUUUGUCAAUCUCA